AUGACUCUUAAAGUCCGACUGCAAUCUAAAGUCUUCUUCAAAUGUCCAAGCACAGCCACUGUGUUACAAAAAACUUUAACAGCACCUCAAUCUGCAACCAUGUAUGAAAACCUUUGGAUUGCUUAUGACAGAAGUGUGUUUGACCAAUGUAAUACAUCAUUAAGCAAUACUAGCAAACUUUUAUUCAGUUGCGAUGAACCAAUAGCAUUGAAAUAUUUUCCUGUGGUUUUUGCCGAAUUUACAGCAGACCCAAAUUCGCUGAAGUUUGAAGAUGGAAAGAAGUAUUAUUUUAUUGGUAAGUGAUAGAAAGUCAAUAUUACAGGACCGAGGGACCCGAAUUAUGGGCUGAAGUUUGGAGGGGGGAAGAAGUGUUAUUUUAGUGGUAAGUGAUGAGGAAUCGCAUUUACCUUAAAGUUUCCACAGUGGUGACUCCCUGAGAGUUAAACGAACCAAGUUCUGUUUCUCUAUAUCACAUAAAAAAUUAAUGCAUGAUCAGUGAUGUUGAGUUUUAUGUACUUAUCAUGUAAAAUUUUGAUGCCCAGUCCAAAAUCAUUUGAGUCCCAGUCGAAACACCAAUGAUUUUACUGCAUGUAGUGUUUUUGUAAAAAUUCUUCUUAUUAUUACUUACUUCUGGGCCUCUUUUUUUAUAAGAUUGCUCUCUUGACUAACUUGCUACCUAGGUUUUAUUACACUACAUGUAUAUUACAUUAAAGGAUAUUCUUCAAAAUCAUCUCCAUGUCAAGUCAGCAAUUGUUUUGUUUGUUUCCUCAUUGUUUAUCUAUUGUAGGGACAUCUGAUGGCACACAGGCACACCUCAAUGACCUUAGUGGAGGUCACUGCAAUGACACAAAAAACGGAAUAUUUAUGAAAAUUGAAGUCUAUGUCUGCAAAAAAAGUAAUCUAUCUUAUACAGGUAAUGAUCAAUUACUACACUGUAAUUAAAAGAAGUGCUGAAGUACAGUGUACACAUACUGUACACGUACAUGCCAUGUUAACUACAUGUAAAAAGCUUUGAAGAAAAAACUUCAAGGUGAAGUUGAUGCCACAAUAACAGCUUUUAAAGCUAGUUGAGCUGUUUUGUGGUCACAGUCUGACUUUAGACUACCAAAACGUCCCAUAAUGCCAUUUGAAGUUUGUGCACUUUGCAGCCUUCUGUUACAGAUUUAAAAUAUCAGCCUCUGAAGUUUGGGCAUGUGUAAAAAGCAAAAUUUUGGAAGAGUUUUUGUGUUUAAAAGUCACACAGUAGUCUCGACUUUUACCUUUUGCUUUCUCUCCUUCCCCUCUUCUUUCCGCUUCUUUGCCCAUUUUCUUGUUAUUUGCUGGGCAUUUACUAGGCUUUCUCAUUCUGGUGGAAUACUUCUAUGGAAAAGCUUUUAGGAUCAUAGGAUUUGGUGGAAGGAAGUGCGGGUGCGUAGUGGAACAAGAUUUUCGUUAGAAUUUUUGGGUCAACUUUUCAUGGUGUUUAAACUUUUUUGCGGUCUUCUUGAUUGAAUUGUACUCAUUCUGGCAUGGUCUGAAGGAUAUUUUCCUCCUGCACAAAUAAGGAGACAAAGUUGUCGUCGACCAUUAAGACUGAUGUUGUAACAAGUGUUACAACCCUUGUUGGUCUGCACGGACGGUUAUACAUGCGGCUGAGGGGCGAAUGGCUUAAGAAGGUUGUUCGGAGGGUCAUAAGUUUUUUUCCGAUGUUAGUAAUCUAUCUUAUUGAGAGUCAAGUAAAGGGACGAAAAAAAGGCAGGGACCAACUCUAGGUGUCUGUUUUAUUGAGGUGUCCAUCUUAAGAAGUGUCCGUAAAGAGAGAGUCGACUGUAAAUAAAUUCUCUAAAACAAUUUUUCCAGAUGAAGACUGUCCAGCAGAAGAUGUGGGUGUCCUGAAAUGUCGUGAUCCAACUCAAACAAAUCCAAAAAGGCGUGAUGACCGCAUGGAGACAGGUAUGAAAAUCAACAAUUGUUGUUAUAGCAGUUUGUUGAUUCUUAUUUUCACAGACUUUUUUAUUUUUGUAUAUAUAACGAUCCCAGUCGCCGUGUGUAUUUUUGAGCAUUAUUUCUGUACAGUUCUAUAAAUUGGCGCAACUACCGACAGUCGUCAGUUUACUUUAUUCUAUUUGUUUUGUUCUUCCUUUUUUUGUAUUUUAUUUGCAAGACUUCCGGUCACAUGAUAGUCAUGUGACAGGAGAGCACAUGGUAGAGCAGUUCUCGGAAAUACGAUGAUUCUUGCCAUGGCUAUCAUUAAUUACUAAUGACAUGCUUACUUAUCAUCCCUCCUCAUACUGUGUCUCUUCAUUGCCUGAGGGAUCGAUCUCACGAUGUUACUGUUCCAUUUAUGGGAACGUUUGGUGGUAGUCGUUAAAAGAGAAAACGGAGUUGUGUGUAAAGUGAUGUGAUCCCUUCAGGCUGACGUGCUAAUGAAAACAAAAAAUAAACAAACAAACAGAGAAACAAAACGCCACGUCUGCACUAAGCCAUCUUUACAACUAAACUACCUAGAGAGGCUGUGCUCCAAUUCACAGCAUUCAAAUUGUAUUUUCCACUCCUCAACUAAUCAGCUGCAGCAUCAUCAUUUUGUUUGCACCACCCGGAUGUGCUUCCAUCUAAACUAUGACAUUGUGACUUGGUGCCUGUAGCUGCUGCUGAUGAAGCUAUAAAUUGGUUGCACUGUGCUUUCACCCAAUGCCUUUUAACCGCUGUUUCAAAAGCUCUUAGUUGUUUGCACUUUUGAUUUUCCUAACAAAAGCCUCUUUAAUGCUUCUAACUGUUGUCAAAUGAUCCCCUCAAUUUAACGCAAUAUAUUGUAAACUAAUGCCCUUUAUCCACUGAUUCCAUUCUGCGAAACACCAAAAUUCUCGGAAUCGCAAGCAGAAGCUGGAGAAUGAACCACUGAAGUGCGUUCCCAAGCGUUGUGAUUAUUGGUUUAUUCUUCCUCUUUUACUUCCGACGUCGACGUUUACUUGGUCGUCAGCGAUGGUGUCUCAAGCAGAACCCAGCGGAAAACUCUGCUGACUUUUGAUGACGAAUCGGACUCCAACUCCCGUCGAUUUCUAGUCAUUACCCUUGCUCUAAAUAUCAAGAAACCAGCGGAGCCACUUGAAGGAACUGUCUGUGAAUAAGUGGCCAAUGGUUUCAUUAUGCAGAUUAUGGUUAAGAUUACCUUCCUCUAGAGCUUUAGAGCAUAUAGAGAUUAUAGAUUCAAGACAGAAUAUCAGAUGAAUGGUUGUCUCUUUGUAGAUAGCAAUUUUAGUUCAAAAGAGGGUAUUCUUAAAUUGUCAGAAGUUCAAACUACAGCGUCAACCACAGCAUCGUCAACUGAGAACGUUCUGACAAACGCAAUAGAGACGAAAACGUCAGAGUUUGAUGGCCGAGUUGGUGAAAUUAAAGUUAAAAAAGGUGACGUGUACUUUCUUUAAGGAGAAGAUUUAACUCUUAAGAAGUUUUUUCACUUUGUAAAAUGGGCUCUUGUUUAUUAGCUCUCUUCUAGCUAUAUCAGCUUUAUAUUAGUAUCUUUGUACUGACAGUCCAAGCACAUGUGUUGCAUCCUUCUCUUCACUGCGAUUAUUCCUCAAAGCAUCUCCGCUCCGAUAAACUGCUCAGAAAUUCCUGCACAACCAAAUAAAGAAUAACAGAUGUCAAUUUAUUUCUGGAGUGUCUAAAUACGUUUGGAGUACAGAUUAAUAAUCGUAGAAAUACAGAUUCUACGGUUAUUAAUCGUUCUUUCCACACCAAACCAGUGUAAUAAUCGUAAAAUACUACAUUUUCAGUUUAUUAACUGUAAAAGACGUAGCUUUACGGUUAUUAUACGUGGAAUUGUACGAUUGUUAGUCGUAUGAUGCGUGUUUCCAGACUAUUUAUCGUAAAAAUGCAAAAGUUAACCGGAUCAUUCUUGCUCCGUCCGCCAUUACGGUCAAAAAUAUCCAGCACCGAGUCUUCUAAUCACUCUCUCAUUUCUUUCCAACGUUUAUUUACCUGGGUUGCGUUCGAUUGGGAAAUCCGGAUUUAGAUUUUGAAAUCCGGAUUUCGUAUUUUGCAAUCGAACGCGAAAUCUGAAAACGGAUUUCACCUCCGAGAAAUCCGUCCCUAGGGUGGAUUUCAAGUAAGAAAUCCAUAUCCAAAUCCAGCUACCCUCGUCCAGCCAACUUUUCGUACAUUUUCUUGCAAAAGUUGGCGAACUGUUUACAUGAGAAAUAAAACCGUUGGCUUGUCGAGAAGGGUGACUCUCCUAGCCUGGUCAUCCUUUUGUGAUGGUUGGGUCACCCUACUUGGCGGGCCAACUUUUCUCCUUAUAAACAUUUUUGGCUUGGCCAGCCGGGUCAACUCGGUGAAGGUGAGAUGAUCAGAGCAUGCGCGAGUGCUGUUGGCGCAGGGAAAGGGUGUACCGUACUUUGGUAUAAGUGGCCUGUCCAUGAUCUUGUGCUUGUGACCCCCCCUUCACCCCUUGGCAAAGUUGCUAACAAUACAAGAUCAUGAUCAAAACUUUGAGGAACGACUUUGAAUGGGAGGGAGGAGGGAGGUCAGUGUUAUAUCUCACAGACCUGUGACUAGCAGCGAUUUAAAGCAUGAACGGUUGUUUUUUCGUGGGAGUGUCUCAACAUUUUUGCAACUGGUUGUACCAACAUUUCUCCAAUGGAUAGAACCAAAUUUUCUUAACCAUGGGGCUACGCUAUAACAUGCUCGUCCCACCGACGGGAUGACUCCUGACUUACGUCAUAACCUAAUUUUUCUCGGAUGGAUAGAUUACCAAAUUUUCUCAGAGAUGUGUGAGCUCCUUGUUUGUAUUGCCCCAGUGCGCCCCUUGCUCGCCAGCAUGGCGGAUGUGUACCACGUGAACAGCUAGCUGCAAAGGGCCUAUUGAUUUAUUUAGCAAUUAAUGAAUUCGGCUUUCGUAGGAUAUGAAGAAUUAAGCAAAUCGAGGAGUGUGUUAUCCACCGAGGCCGAAGGUCGAGGUGGAUAACACCCUUCUUCGUUAAACACAAAAUUCUUCCAAAUUUGGUCAUCAGUAACUGGUUAUGGUGAAUUAUGCACGUGCUUUUAGCCAAUCAGAAUUGGGGAAAUAUUUUGAAUGAACAAUAAUGUAAUUUAACUGAAGCAAUAAGCAAUAUUGUCUUUGAAUAUUUUCUAGUGUCAACCAGCUCCAACCCAAAACUAUCUCCAAUAGAAGUUCUUAGUAAGGAAGCCACUGUUGCCCUUUCUGUUGUUGGAGCAAUCCUGUUUCUCUGUAUCGUCCUUGGGUUCGCCUUCUUUUGCUUUAUACGCCAUCAGCGGAAGCAGACUGUGGAGUAUCGUAAUCAGUUUUUUCCAGUAUACACUGGAAAACACCAGGUAAAAUACCAUGUAAAACGAGCUUGAAAUGAAGCCACUACAUAACUACCAGUGCCUAACCUUGGAUUCUGCAACUUAUUUUGGCUGAAAAUGAUGUUUGUUGGACUGCGUAAAUUUCACACCCCUCCCAUUCCAAGAUCAUGCUCAACACCUACAAUGAGAACCUUAAACGCGGAAAAACGGAGGGGUAAGGGGGAUUUCUUUUACUUGUGAAAAUUUUGUCUCAGAGAAGCAAUCAAAUUAGAAAAGGGGUUUUAUGAGCAAACGUCUCUCAACCUUUGUUCAAACAUGACGGCGAAAAUAAAAUGAAUUUGCGAUCUUUCAAACUUCAUCUCGAUUAACGUCAUCUCGUUUGAUAUGUGAAAUGUAGGUGACUUUACGUGGAGUAGUUGAAUUUCUAUGGACAGCCAAGUUAAAAAGGGAAUAAAAAAUUUAUGGUCAGUGCCGGUUGACGUCCUUCGCAUUGGGACUAAUUUUUCACGUCGUAGUCGUGCAAUUAAGUUUGAUGGCCCGUGCAAAGUUGUCGUUCUUGGUUGUUAAUCCGACCCGCUACUGUUUUACCUUCUCUUUACCGUCGUCGACCCUCUUUUGCUUAAAAUCUUUUGUAACCUUUCGAAAGUGCAGGGUUGCUUUACUUAUGGCCACUUUACAUUCGUGUAAACUCUCAUGGUGUUGGACACUUUUGAGAAUGAUUACACAUUUAUCAGCAUCUGAGUUGCUUGUUCGAGGCCAGUCGACAGACAUAAUUUGCAAAAUUGCAACCAUAGAUUUCUCCUUGUUUUAAAAUAGAUGUAUACUCACGGAUAGUAAAGAUGGCUGACAUUUUGUACAUUUCAUUGCAGGCUACGAAUCAGUCUGUUGCGCAAAAAUAGUCACGACUUUUAUUGUCGACUUACCGUGAACGAGGUGCCGAGUUUCUUUGCGGAGUGGCCAUAAAUUUAAGUCUACCUUUCAAACCUAAACUGGCUUUUGUUUAUUCUUUGACUCUAUUCAAAAAGUGAUCCAUUGCCCUGAAAUGGCCUUCUAAAUUCAGGUGAUACUCAUGAACCAAACAGUUUCCAGAUGGAGGGAAUGAACUUACCAUUGCUUAGACUAAAUAGGUCCCUAUUGUAUACGUAAGUAAUAAAAUAUUUCUUGAUUGUUUUAGAUUGACCCUAAUCGUACGCUGCUUGAACAAUGUAAUGAUCUGCCUUAUGACCAAGAUUUCGAGUUUCCUGAGGACAAGCUCAUUCUUGGGGAGUUGCUAGGAUCAGGGGCCUUCGGAAAAGUCAUUAAAGCAGAGGCUAUAGGAAUAAACAAAUUUAGCCCCAGAGACAAAAGUCAAAAGAAAAGUCAGCGACGACCUAAAAUGUUUCGUCAACAAAGGGCCGGCCAUGCGUACCACGAUCCCAGAGGCAGUGCGUACACGAAGACCACCGUAGCUGUAAAGACUGUUAAAGGUAAUGUUUCAAGAGAUCUCUAUUUCAACUUGUGUAACAUUUACCAUGGAGCAAGGAUGGCUGGUACUUGUCGGGGGUUGGUGGAGGGGGACAAAAAAGGAAUUUGGUUUAUAGUUACUAUAGCAGCUGAUAAUAUGCAGGGGAGGGGACGAGUUACCAGGUUACCUGCGCUGUAAUGAUUUGGGAGACGGGGUAGGAUUGAUUUGGGAAUCUGUGCCUACCAGUGGAAAAAACUCUAGCCAUGCCCCUGGAUUCAGCAUGGGUGAGGUGGGCAAUUCGCAUAGGGCCUCUCUCAUGCAUGAGUACCGUUCGUGCUCAUUCCUAUUGCUGAGGUUUGUGCCCAGUUAAACUGAACGUUGCUAGUGACAUGGCCACAUGGACUCCACUAGACCCUGUGCACUUUUUUUAACUGACCGAGUACGAUACUUUGGCACUUCAGGGGGAGCUACUAAAGAGGAAGUAAGAGACCUGGCAUCAGAGCUGAAAAUUCUAAUUUACGUUGGAGAACACAAAAACAUUGUAAACCUCCUUGGUGCUUGUAUCAAGCGAGAUCGUAUCCUUGUCAUUCUGGAAUAUGCACCACAUGGGAGUUUACAAAAGUUCUUACGAGGUAAGCGAGAUGUUUAUGAAGCAACCUGGACUACGACUGCGAGUGACCCAGAGAUAGGAUUGAAUAUAUCAAAUCUUGUAAGCUACUCUUACCAAAUAUCCCGUGGAAUGGAAUACCUGGCGUCUAAAAAGGUAUUGUAGUAAUGUUGUCCCGUUCGAGGAUUCCCACAUUUCUGAAGAAAAUUCAGUUCUAACAAGAGCUGUAGUGGCUCUUGGUUGUAAUAGACCUUUUUGGCUUAUGUUUUAUUUUCCCAUUUCACACCACGUGAUGUUCUCAAGGCAAUUUGCGAUUUGUCUUUUCAUAAAAUAUACAUAGAUAUGCUCGUGGAUGCACGAGCAAAGGACAACUUUUGAAAGGAACGGUUCUCUGGGGUACCAUCAAAUGGUCUGAAAAGGGAAGACAAAACAUACAAGCUAAAAAGGUCUAUUCUCCAGCACUUGCUUAUUUUCUCCGUUUGGCUUCAAGGAGUUUUGUCAUGAUUUAAAUCGUUCAUUGGACUCCUAAUCUGCGUCUAUUUGUUUGUUUUUCGCGUUUAACAGAGUAUGACUACUUGAACCGUGGCGCUUGAAAGAUUAUUAUCCACUCAAAUCCUUUGAACUCAAUGUUUUUUUUUUUUUUUUUUUUUUUUUGAAAACAAGAGAUUCUCUGUUAAUGUAAACGGACCAAAAAAAUUCAAUGUGCAAUUAUGAAACUGUUGAUAACUUAAAAACCGUUUGAACUUACCUGACCUCUCAGGAAUUAGCCCUCAAAUUUAAUGAGAAUCUUUUGUUUUCAAAAACCGCCAUGAUUAUUAUGAUUUGUGUUUGGAUAAUCUAUUUCCAAAAGCCCAGCUUCGAGUAUUCGCACUGUAAGAGUUGAUUAUGAGUAAUAAGUGGUAAAAAGUAAAGUAACUCAGAGAGAGGAGACCUCAGUAUAUAGCUAAAAGCUCGCGCAAAGGAUUAGAAAAAGCAACAUGUAGGAGAUAAGGUUACGCGAACUCAGAAGCGUGCGCAACAGCUGUGACAUUAAAUCAGCCAUGAACCGGGAGCGAAAGAAGCGAAGACGCAAGUGUCUGUGGCGUUGGUUUCUCACUGACAAUUCAGCGUUCGAGAGUAAGUGAAGAGCAUUGUUUAACAAUGUAUGUAUGUAUGUAUUUACUUUUACUUUCUGUAGCGUGUGCACUUCUCUGUUGGUAUAAAAAUUGUUUUUCCUGUUUUUAAUGUGAUUAUUAUUAUAAUUAUUAUUAUUAUUAUUAUUAUUAUUAUUAUUAUCAUCAUCAUCUCCUUUCUUGAUUUUGCAUUUCUUUUUUCAAAACAUAUCUGUUUUAUAUAGUGUGUUCACCGAGACUUGGCGGCCAGAAACGUUCUUGUUGGAGAAGACUACGUCAUGAAGAUCGCUGACUUUGGUCUCGCUCGAGAUAUUUACAAGAGUGACUUAUAUGUGAAGACAAACAGUGGUGUUUUGCCAAUGAAGUGGAUGGCGAUAGAAUCAUUGUUUUUGAGGGAGUACUCAGAGAAAAGUGAUGUGUAAGUACAAAUGACAUUUAAAAAAAUGCAUGAAGGGAGAAUAUAAAAAUAUGCGGGGAUCGUACUCAAGGAUGACAACUAUAUAAUUAGUGCGUAACUACGCGUUCAAAUUAAAAAGAAGCUGGCCUUUUGAUUACUGCAACUAAGUUAAACUUGCCAUAACAUAGAUUAGUAGGCGCUCUCCGAUAGACUGAGAAGUAUGUUUGCAUGCGAGUAACACAGUUAAACGCAACCACGCAACCAUGGUUUGAAAAACUCGACAAGUUUACUUUAUUAACCCAUAACUUAGAGGCAUGGAACUGGAAAAAUCUUUAAAAACAUGCUGUAACAAAGUUUUCACGCUCAAGAUGACAUUUUAAGUGAGAACAAUCCGUCCUUUAAAAUAUCACCUUUUUAACAAAUAAAGAAGCCUUGACUGUGCUCUGUUCUGUACGUUGUAAAGCACGCACGACUGGCAGCGGUUAGAACACGAAAGAAGUGUAGGGGGGAACACGAGAUGUAGUCGAGUGUUUCUCUCUACUUCUUGAGUAGUACAACAGAAUAGAGCCCAGCCAAGACUUCUUUAUUUGUUUUAUGAAUAUAAAGAAUCCGUUAAAUUCCCCACACAUUCCUUUUUAAUUUUCAAAACAAUCUUUUUUUUUUAAUGCAAAAGAGUGUUGUCAGCAUGUUUUACACUCUCAUAGAGCACUUUUUUGCAACAAAUCAGAGCGCACGCUAUAUCUGAACUUUAUUAUAAAUGCAAAACAAAAACGUACUGAUUACACGUACAAAACUACAACACUUCGCGACUAGUAAGAACUGCUCUUUUCAUCAGCGCCAUAAACAAAGAGCUAGGUAGUAACUUUUUCUUGGGAAAGUUGCCGCUAUAAAAGCACCUUAGCAGAAAACUGUUUUUCUGUGGUUUGCAAUUUGUACGAAUUCUCUUAAAUUCUCCCAACACCCGAAUCUCGUGUUUAUAUCAGGGCAUGUAAACACAGCAGUUAAAGUUUUCCAUUUUUUAUAAAUAGUACUUGAAAGAAAGAGAAUACUAGUGAUAACGAUUCUUGAAUGUAGCGCUUCAUAUGCAAGCCAUGUAAGUUUUAAUUCCAAUAAUUCCCUUGUAGUGGAGUUAAUAGCAGCUUACCAUCUGUUUCCUCGAGUCCAUAGUUUUGCUUAAACAGCUUACAGAGUUUUAUUGACACCCUUUUGGUUUGGAAUGACCCAGGCUGUGAUGACCCUUCGAGUGUGUAUGUUUUGAACCUUGACAUUUAAUAAUGCAGAUGGUCGUUUGGUAUUUGCUUGUGGGAGAUCUUUACACUGGGCGGCACACCGUAUCCCACUAUACCCGUAGAAGAGCUCCUAGACUUUCUCAAUGAUGGAAACCGUAUGGAAAAUCCCCGAGACUGCCCUUCGGAGAUCUACAAAAUUAUGCAAGAUUGCUGGCAGGAAGGACCCGACAAGCGACCUAAAUUUGUUCAAAUCAGCCAGUCGAUUGGUACAAUACUUGAGCAACGCGCUUCCCAGGUGAGGCCUUUUUCCUACUGUUUUUGAGGCAAAGGAGGAACUAAGAGAACUUAUCCUCUCUCUUGUUAAAACUUAUUGUACACUAGGUCCUUCAAAGGAAAAAAUGAGGUUUAUCAAAAGGGGAUACUCUUUUGAGUGUAUAUAUCCUUUGUUCUGAUGGGGCGAGCGGGAAUUAAGCUUUGCGGGAAGAAUAUGAAGACAUGGCUUAUACUGUGUGCUCUUUAAAAAAUUACCAUAUUUGUAAUGACAGUGGCGGAUUCAAAUCUCUAACUAAGUGGGGGACCCGCUCAUUUAGUCACGUAGAUUGCAGUUUGGCCCAUAAAGAAGGUGGAGUCCCGGGCCCCCGGGGCCCCUUGGCCCCUCCCGUAGAUCGGCCAUGGAAUGAUAUAACACGAUCUGCAUGCUGUUUUUUUUAGACUGACGCAAUGCAGAUGCUAAAGCUAUACAGAUUAUAAAAAUUUACGAUUCUAUAAGAUCAGAGUAUUUCGACUGCCAACUGAAAGAAAGAUUAUGAGGGAUGCGUAUCUUUUGCUGGUCAGGAGCCCAUAACCCGGAAUGAGCAACUUCCAUGCCCUUGUGUCACGACGUUUUCACGGACCAGUUUAUUUUUAAAACGGUUUUGGCGCGAAUUUUGAAUAUCUUUUAAAUUUCACAAACUAGUCAGCAAAACCUACAGACCUAAAAAUGGUAUUUUUUGCCUUUUAAUAACGUGUAGGUUUCCGUUUUGAAAUCUUAUAAUUCGAAUUCGCUCAUAGAUAUGGUGGAGAUUUUUUUUUCGCGAGAAGAAGUGCCCCUUAAAAUGUGUCUAAAAACAAACUGAUCCGUGAAAACGCUGUGACAUAAGCCUAGUAUGGAAGUUGCUGGCUCCGAGUUAUGAGCUCCUGGCUUGUAUGUUUAUUCUAAACUUCGAUAUUGGGCUUAUUUUUCACAACAGAGUGUCGCGACCGAGUACCUUCACUUAACAGAAGACAACAACCGUGGCAGCAAAGAUUACUACCUUGAUCCACAUGAUUCAGACCCCACAGUUCCUGUGACGAGAGCAGAUGUUUAUGACAGGUUAGUACUCUCGAUUAAGCAUUUGGGUUUUAUUCUUGAAAAGUUCAGCCACAAGCGAGUUGGGUUGUCCAUACCCGGUAUUCCGUACCCAUAAAGGAGCCAACAAGUCCCAGGCUAAAGAACUUCCCAAUAUUAGUUCGACAAUAAAUACGCUAUGUUAUGUUAAUUCAGUAACUGAUAGGUAGGGCCAGUUCUGCUUAUAUACUAGCUUGGCCACUGAGGCGGCGCUUAUUAGGGGAAGAAAUAGGUUCUUCAAAGGAGUACUGAGGAGACAGUAUAUCGUUGAUGAAACACGUGCAUGGUCAUGGCAAAGAACGAAAGGGACUCAGUUACAUUGUUACGUAAGAAAUAGCAUUGCUUAACUCGGGGAAACAGAUAAUGGUCUUGCCGUGCACGGUAAAUUUAAAAUUGAGCCGAACGAGUGGCUAAUAAGAUGCCGGCGUUUAAUCAAAGGUAAACAAGCGUUCAGAAAAUGAGAGAAGAGAGGAGGUUCCCUUAUAACAUCACUUAAUAUAUUUAAGACAGUGUGCUGGAGGUGAUUGUUAUUCAAGGAGACUUUUAUUUUUCAGUUUGGCAGGCGAAUAUUUAGGGGAAGACGCUUAAUGAACGUGAACGCCUUUUAUUUUUGACAUUUAAGGCGUAAUAGCGUAUAAAUCUCAGGGUGAGAAAAUCUAACUACGUUCGCUGCGUACAAAUCUUGUUCGAGUCCAUUGCGGUUGGCAUCAAAUAAAAUAUAUGAAAUAAUGAUAAUAAAAUAGAGCAUUGCGAUCUUGUCUCACAGAAUUAUCGCCCCGUCGUAAAAUGUUUUAGUGUGAUUUACGUUGUCUUCUAUAAUCGUGCGCAUGAUCUAAAAUGUAUGGUUAAUUUUAUUGGAAUCUACUAUAGUUGACAGCGUUGUUUUCUUCUUAUAGGGGAUCAAGUGAAAAUAUUGCAAACAAUCCCUUGCCCCCAUUACCAGGUGACAUGGAAGAUCAAUUCGAUCCGGAUCCGGAUCCGGAAUCAGAGAGGAGAGACGACAGAUGCUGAAACCAGAGAUUUACGGCUCGUCGGGGAGUGAGGGCGACAUAGAAAUAGAAGAAUUCCAUGGUAAUGAGCAGGCUGUGGCCUUGGAACUGACGCCUAUUGUUUACUCUACAGAAAAGGCCGGAAAUUCAAAGAAGAAAACUACAGUCGUCUGAGACUUGUGCUAAAGUUAAUCUUUUUACUUCCAGAUUCAAUAAUAGAGACAUUUUAAAAAUAGUCCCUAGUUUAUCUCUGUUGUAAAAUGCUGUGAUGUGAUCGGCUGUCCAAAUGAAACCUUAUCUGUAGCGCG